AUGAAAACUACAAGUUCAUUGGCACCUGAUGAAAUUAUCAAAGAAAUCCGCAAGGUUUUGGACAAUAACGGGUGUGAAUAUGAACAAAGGGAACGAUAUUUGCUUCUUUGUAUGCAUGGGGAUCCACAAAAGGACACACUUGUUCAGUGGGAAAUGGAGGUAUGCAAGUUGCCUCGUCUUAGUUUGAAUGGAGUCAGAUUUAAGCGAAUUUCUGGAACAUCCAUUGGCUUUAAAAACAUUGCUUCAAAAAUCGCGCAAGAGUUGAACCUUUAA